AUGGCAGUCAGCCAGUCAGUGGUUGGCCGUACCAAUGCGGAAAAGCCUCACGGUCUCAAGGGAUUUGUGUCCAACCCUUAUGUCUUUUUCACUUGUUUGUUUGCCUCUUUGGGUUGUAUCAUGUAUGGAUACGAUCAGGGUGUAAUGAGUCCUAUUCUUGUCAUGGAGAACUUUGAGAACCACUUCCCUCUCUUCAUGGGGUCUACCAUCCAGGGUUGGCUGGUGGCUGCUCUUGAGCUCGGUGCCUGGGCUGGUGCUUUGAUCAACGGUGUCCUGGCAGAUCGCAUCUCGCGUAAGUACGCUAUGAUGGUUGCCGUUGUCAUCUUCACCCUGGGCACUGGUCUGCAAGCUGGUGCACAGACGCCUGCGUACUUCUUUGCCGGUCGAAUCAUCGGUGGUAUUGGCAUCGGUAUGUUCAGUAUGGUUAUCCCUCUGUACCAGGCCGAGAUUGCUCCUCCUGAGCUACGUGGUUCUCUGGUUUCCCUGCAACAGCUGUCUAUCACCGUCGGUACCGCCGUUGCCUUCUGGCUUGACUAUGGCAUGCAGUUUGUUGGCGGCGUCACUUGCAACCCUGAGGGUGUUGACAACCCUUACCUGGUUAGCGGCACAUACAAUGCCGCUCAAAACCACGGCCACACCUGCUUGGGCCAGAAGACUAUCGCGUGGAGACUUCCUCUGGCGCUGCAGAUUAUCCCUGCCUGGAUUCUGUUCUUCGGUCUCUUCUUCUUCCCAUUCUCUCCACGUUGGUUGAUGAUGAAGCACCGUGACGAAGAGGCCAAAUCUGUUAUCUCUCGUCUGCGUCGUCUCCCUGAGAACGACCCCCUUGUUCAGGCUGAGUACCUCGAGAUCAAGGCUGCUGUCAUGUUCGACGAGGAGACCGAGCGUGAGCUCGUUGGUGCCGGUGGUGUUUGGGCUCCCUGGAAAUCUCUGUUUGCCCCUAAUAUGCUCAAGCGCUUGGUUCUUGGCUGUGGUAUGAUGAUCUUCCAGCAGUUCACCGGUAUCAACGCCGUGCUUUACUACGCGCCGCAAAUUUUCUCCUCAUUCGGUUUCACGUCCACGAAAACAACCCUUCUCGCCACUGGUGUGACUGGCAUUCUUCAGAUUAUCUUCACCCUUCCCUCCGUCCUCUUCCUCGACAAGUUUGGCCGCAAGACAUUCCUUAUUAUCGGAGCUGCUGGCAUGUUCCUUUGCCAUAUUAUUGUUGCUAUCGUGGAGGGUAUCUACAAGCCCCAGUGGGACCUGAACGAGGGACUAGCCCAGUCCCAGGGCUGGGUUGCCAUUGCCUUCAUCUGGCUCUUUGCUGUCAACUUUGCCUACUCCUGGGGUCCGGUCGCUUGGGUUUUGGCUCAGGAGAUCUUCCCCAACAGUCAGCGGUCUCGCGGUGUCUCCAUUGUUGCUUCCACUAAUUGGAUGUUCAACUUCGUCAUUGGUCUUACUACCAAGGACAUGCUUAACUCGAUGAAAUACGGUACCUACAUCUUCUUCGCCAUCUUCAGUGCCAUGGGUGGUUUCUUCGUUUGGAAGUUUGCCCCUGAGACCAAGGAUAAGACUCUUGAGGAAUUGGAUGUCUUCUUUGGUGGUGCUAUGGACAGCAUUGCUGAGACUGAUCGGCUUCGUAUGCUUCGCAUCAAUGAGAGCCUCGGCCUUGCUGGUGUAGAGAACUUGGAGGACCUCAAGAGCGAGAAGCAGAUUCAUGCUGAUCACCUUGAGGUCGACUAA